AUGUCUUUCAUACAUCAUGGUUGUCGCAGUCUGGGGCUCUCUUUAUCAUUUCUUGCUGGUCUGGCAGAGUUCAGCUGGCAUAACUGGCAGGACCUUCUCAUGGGGGAGAUGCUACACACAUACUGUUUCACUGGGAAUAUUAUUGGCCAACUUGGAAUGACAGCCUGGUUCUUUGGUAGAAAAUGGAGUAUUUUACCAAAGUAUGCUUUGCUUUUUUGGAAAUUAUUACGGUACAUUGAUAUUCUAUUGCACUGCUUGGUUUGGUUGAUUAAUGCCGAAAAGAAUCAGUUCUUCAUGUAA